AUGGAAGUGUCGACGCAUGCCCACGGAAGCCCUUUUGGCUGUUAUUCGGAUCAUCAGGGCGUCUCUUACGAGGAUGAUCGCUACGACGACGCGACCGACUACGAGAAGGUCAUCGUCGGGUCUUUCGGCUCGUCGCUGGCCUUCUCGUCGUCGCUGUCCAACUACAACCCGUUGGUCGGCGGCAGCGUCGGGAAUGACGAUGAUGAGGACGAGGCGAUGAGCUAUGAAGAACCGUGCGCCACGUCUUCUUCGGCGCGUGAUGACUGGGACGAGGAGAUGCACAGCGAGGAGUCCUCACAGCAAGACAUCUUCAGCCUGUCCAGCAGCGAAUCGAAUUAUGGAAGGGGAUCGCGAGUAUCCGUGCUGUCCGCCGCCACCGAAAUGCUGCGAAUUCGAUUCCCGUUCCUCUCGAUCUCCGUGAAGUUGGCCGAUUUUUUGUGUUUGCAAGAGAAGGAGCUGCUCAACGACACGAUCGUCGACUUUUUCUUGAAUCACAUCGCACAACAUCUGCUCCCGGAGGCACCUAACAAACGAGUCAACGUGCUGCCAGCCGUCUUCUGGCACAACCUCAGCAUCCGGCACUCAUGUCUCCCCGAAGACUUCACCACCCUCACCGCCAGCCAACAGGACGAGGCUCGGUUCGCCGACCUGCUCGAGUUCCUCGACGACUUCGAGCUGUUCGAGUCGGACUUUCUGCUGAUCCCGGUGAACGAGUGGGAGCACUGGUCGUUGAUUGUUGUUUGCCACCCGUUCACGGAGAAUGGGACCAUUCUGUGCUUCGAUUCGCUGCUCAACGAUGACAACAACAACCUGGCGGUGGCGUCGAAGGUGGUGGAGGAGUUCCUGGGGUACGCCUGGGCCAAGCGGUCCGGCAAGGCGACCAAGUUGCCGGCGAUGAAAACCGUCGUUCCGCACAACCUCCCCCAACAGUCCGCCCCGGCUGACGAUGGCCUCUACGUGCUGGAAUACGCCAAGCGAUUCCUCCUCGACACGCCCACACAGAUCGACAACUUUGACUUCUCGGCCUGCUACCCCAAUUUUUCGAUCCGGGGCAAGCGACAGGAGAUUCAGAAGACAAUCUUGUCGUCGACGGCAAAUCGUCAGAUGUGGACACCCCUGAUGGAACUGCUCGAGCGCAACAACCGCCAACAACAUCAGCAACAGGCCCAGCACCGCCGU